CAAAGUCUACAUUUUCAGAAACUUCUUCUUUAUUAGAAAGUACACAUACAACAACAGAAAUUUCUACUACCAGUGAAGCAACAACUUCAAUUUCCACCAGUGAAUCAACAACUUCCAUUUCAACCUCCACCACGGAGUUACCUACAAUUACAAUGCCAAAUUCUACAUUUUCAGAAACUUCUUCUUCUUUAGCAAGCACACAUACAACAGUAGAAGUUUAUACUACCAGUGAAACAAAAACUUCAAUUCCCACCAGUGAAAUAACAACUUCCAUUUCAAGCUCUCCCACUGAGUUACCUAUAAUCACAGCAACAAAGUCUACAUUUCCAGAAACUUCUUCUUCAUUAGAAAGCACACAUACAACAACAGAAGUUUCAAUUACCAGUGAAUCAACAACUUUAAUUCCCACCAGUGAAACAACAGCAACUUCCAUAUCAAGUUCUGCUACUGAGUUACCCAUAAUCACAGUAACAAAGUCUACAUUUCCAGAAACUUCUUCUUUAUUAGAAAGCACACAUACAACAACAGAAACUUCUACUACCAGUGAAGCAACAACUUCAACUUUCACCAGUCAAUCAACAACUUCCAUUUCAACCUCUACCACUGAGUUACCUACAAUUACGAUACCAAAUUCUACAUUUUCAGAAACUUCUUUUUCUUUAGAAAGCACACAUACAACAACAGAAGUUUCUAUAGCCAGUGAAACAACAAGUUCAAUUCCCACCAGUGAAUCAACAACUUCCAUUUCAACCUCUACCACUGAGUUACCUACAAUUACGAUACCAAAUUCUACAUUUUCAGAAACGUCUUCUUCUUUAGCAAGCAUGCAUACAACAACAGAAGUUUCUACUACCAGUGAAACAACAACUUCAAUUCCCACCAAUGAAACAACAACUUCCAUUUCAAGUUCUACCACUGAGUUACCCAUAAUCACAGUAACAAAGUCUACAUUUCCAGAAACUUCUUCUUCAUUAGAAAGCACACAUACAACAACAGAAGUUUCUACUACCAGUGAAACAACAACUUCAGUUCCCACCAGUGAAACAACAACUUCCAUUUCAAGUUCUCCCACUGAGUUACCUAUAAUCACAGUAACAAAGUCUACAUUUCAAGAAACUUCUUCUUCAUUAGAAAGCACACAUACAACAACAGAAGUUUCAAUUAUCAGUGAAUCAACAACUUUAAUUCCCACCAGUGAAACAACAGCAACUUCCAUAUCAAGUUCUGCUACUGAGUUACCCAUAAUCACAGUAACAAAGUCUACAUUUCCAGAAACGUCUUCUUUAUUAGAAAGCACACAUACAACAACAGAAACUUCUACUACCAGUGAAGCAACAACUUCAACUUUCACCAGUCAAUCAACAACUUCCAUUUCAACCUCUACCACUGAGUUACCUACAAUUACGAUACCAAAUUCUACAUUUUCAGAAACUUCUUUUUCUUUAGAAAGCACACAUACAACAACAGAAGUUUCUAUAACCAGUGAAACAACAAGUUCAAUUCCCACCAGUGAAUCAACAACUUCCAUUUCAACCUCUACCACUGAGUUACCUACAAUUACGAUACCAAAUUCUACAUUUUCAGAAACGUCUUCUUCUUUAGCAAGCAUGCAUACAACAACAGAAACUUCUACUACCAGUGAAACAACAACUUCAAUUCCCACCAGUGAAACAACAACUUCCAUUUUAAGUUCUAUCACUGAGUUACCCAUAAUCACAGUAACAAAGUCUACAUUUCCAGAAACUUCUUCUUCAUUAGAAAGCACACAUACAACAACAGAAAUUUCUACUACCAGUGAAACAACAACUUCAGUUCCCACCAGUGAAACAACAACUUCCAUUUUAAGUUCUAUCACUGAGUUACCCAUAAUCACAGUAACAAAGUCUACAUUUCCAGAAACUUCUUCUUCAUUAGAAAGCACACAUACAACAACAGAAAUUUCUACUACCAGUGAAACAACAACUUCAGUUCCCACCAGUGAAACAACAACUUCCAUUUUAAGUUCUCCCACUGAGUUACCCAUAAUCACAGUAACAAAGUCUACAUUUCCAGAAACUUCUUCUUUAUUAGAAAGCACACAUACAACAACAGAAGUUUCUACUACCAGUGAAGCAACAACUUCAAUUUUCACCAGUGAAUCAACAACUUCCAUUUCAACCUCCAACACGGAGUUACCUACAAUUACAAUACCAAAUUCUACAUUUUCAGAAACUUCUUCUUUAGCAAGCACACAAACAACAACAGAAGUUUAUACUACCAGUGAAACAAAAAUUUCAAUUCCCACCAGUGAAAGUACAACUUCCAUUUCAACCUCAACCACUGAGUUACCAAUUACGAUACCAAAUUCUACAUUUCCAGAAACAACAAGCAGAAAUAUAUCAAGCUCUACGCACCAAACUUCUAAAGCUGUUUCCAGCACCAUUCCCACCACCCAAACUAUUUCAACACACCUUUCUGCUACAACCAAAGCUUCAAACAAUUUAUGUCCUCAGUAUUUAAGUGGAAAUGAUUGUCAGAAUGGAGAUAACUUUAUAGGCAUCAUAAUAGAUUACAACAUUGUGCCCCCUAAAGCCAUUAACAUGCUAAUUACAUUAAAUCUAAUUUUUAAUGAUAAUUUGAAAAAUUAUUCCUCACAAGACUACAUAAACCUGGCCAAUGUGAUCAACAAGGUUUUUAGUGAAACAUACAGCAAUGCUGCCCCACUUUACUUCGUCAAGAUGAUUCUGCAUGGAUUUAGCCAAGGAAGUGUCAUUGCUAACACCUCUGGGAUCUACAACUACCCCAACAAUCAGACGGGCAUCGACUUCAUAAACAACAAUCUGACUACGAAUCUUAUCAAUGCAUUUACAAACAUGAACAUAAGUGAACUCAAUACAACUGUGAUUAAUGUGACAACAACACCUGAAUCAUCUCCAAUAACAAAUGUUGUGCAACUAAAGAGUUACAUAUCAUGCGGUCUAAAUUUUACUGGUUAUAACAUGACCUGCAACCAGUCUUGCUUGUGUGUGGGGCCUUGUGAGCAGAAACCUGGUUACUGUCAACAUAACGGCACUUGCUACAAUCAAGUCAGUGGGCCUGUAUGCAAUUGUACAGGUCCAUAUACAGGAGAAACUUGUCAAGAUACAAUAUCAACAAUGCCUUCCUUCACUACAAUAAGUGAAUCUGUAACAACUGCAACGGAAACAACAGCAUCCACUUCAAAACCAGUAACUGAGAUAUCUAUAAUUACUUCACAAAAUACUACAUCUUCUCAAAAUACCACAUCUUUGGAAACAUCAGUCCAAUUCACAGAGAAAUCAGCAAGCCCACGUACAUCAAAUUCUUCCCCAGAGACACCUGAAACUGCUUCUUCCAUAACUGUAUCAUCUCCAAGAUCUGUCAUAUCUACUCAUGAAUACACCAGUUUACAACCUGAAAGCAGCAGUUCUACUGCAGUUCCUACUGAACCUUCAACCUCAAGUUCAACUCAUUUAGAGAAUUUAACCACUGCAACAUCAGAAUCCAAAAGUGUAACUUCUCAUCUAUUUUCAACUGCUAGUAUAACAGAAACAAAAACACUGUUUUCAACAUCAUUGAGCUCUGAAGUGCCCUCAACAAGCACAGGAUCCUCUACUGCAACUCAUACUACACCUUUAGAGUCAUCUACUACUGAGAUACCUAUAGUAAAUCUAACAACUACAAUGUUUUCUGAAACAUCUGUUCAAUAUACAGAAACGCCAACCAGCACAAAUAUACCAAGCACUACACAUCAAACUUCUGAAACCAUUUCCAUAAUUGCAUCUUCUCCAAGAACUACUAUAUCAACAGAACAGGCAACUGAAAGCAGCAUUAGCAGCACAGUUUCUUCAGAAGCCCCAAGCCCAGUUUCCACUACUGCCACUGUAACAAAUGAAUCCCACAGUGUUACAACUCAUCCUGUUACUAGUAAUGGCACAUCACAACAAAGUACCCAGUAUCUUACAUCAUUAACUAGUUCUGAGACUCCAUCAUUACACACUGAAAUUUCUUCUGCAGUCCCUGAAUUUUCCUCUGUUUCACCAAUUCGUACGGAGUCCUCAAAGGUUACUUUACAGAGUACCACAUCUUUGGAAACAUCUUCUACGGAACUUAUAAGCUCAAGUUCAUCUCAUCCAAAGACCAGCUCAAGUGCAACAUCUGAAACCCACAGUGUUACAGCUUAUCCAGUUAUUACUCCUACUGGUAUUUCAGAACAAAGCACACUUUAUUCUACAUCAUUAAGCAGCAAUGAAGUACCAUCGACUAGCAUAGAAACGUCUCCUGUAACUCAUACUGUAUAUUCAUCUUCAUCCCUUAGUACUCAACAGUCUACAGUUACUUUUCAAAAUACCACAUCUUUGGAAACAUCAGUUCAAUUCACAGAGCCAUCAGCAAGCCCACGUACAUCAAAUUCUUCCCCAGAGACACCUGAAACUGCUUCCAUAACUGUAUCAUCUCCAAGAUCUGUCACAUCUACUCAUGAAUACACCAGUUUACAACCUGAAAGUAGCAGUUCUACUGCAGUUCCUACUGAACCGUCAACCUCAAGUUCCACUCAUUUAGAGAAUUUAACCACUGCAACAUCAGAAUCCAAAAGUGUCACUUCUAAUCUAUUUUCAACUGCUAGUAUAACAGAAACAAAAACACUGUAUUCAACAUCAUUGAGCUCUGAAGUGCCCUCUACAAAAACAGAAUUCUCUACUGCAACUCAUACUACACCUUUAGUGUCAUCUACUACUGAGAUACCUAUAGUAAAUCUAACAACUACAAUGUCCUCUGAAACCUCUGUUCAAUAUACAGAAACACCAACCAGCACAUAUUUACAAAGCACUACACAUCAAACCUCUGAAAGCAUUUCCAUUAUUGCAUCUUCUCCAAGAACUACUAUAUCAACAGAACAGGCCACUGAAAGCAGCAUUAGCAGCACAGUUUCUUCAGAAGCCCCAAGCCCAGUUUCCACUACUGCCACUGUAACAAAUGAAUCCCACAGUGUUACAACUCAUCCUGUUACUAGUAAUGGCACAUCACAACAAAGUACCCAGUAUCUUACAUCAUUAACUAGCUCUGAGACUCCAUCAUUACACACUGAAAUUUCUUCUGCAGUCCCUGCAUUUUCCUCUGUUUCACCAAUUCGUACGGAGUCCUCAAAGGUUCCUUUACAGAGUACCACAUCUUUGGAAACAUCUUCUACAGAACUUAUAAGCUCACGUUCAACUUAUCCAAAGACCAGCUCAAGUGCAACAUCUGAAACCCACAGUGUUACAGCUUAUCCAGUUAUUACUCCUACUGGUAUUUCAGAACAAAGCACACUUUAUUCUACAUCAUUAAGCAGCAAUGAAGUACCAUCAACUAGCAUAGAAACGUCUCCUGUAACUCAUACUGUAUAUUCAUCUUCAUCCCUUAGUACUCAACAGUCUACAGUUACUUUUCAAAAUACCACAUCUUUGGAAACAUCAGUUCAAUUCACAGAGUCAUCAGCAAGCCCACGUACAUUAAACUCUUCCCCAGAGACAUCUGAAACUGCUUCCAUAACUGUAUCAUCUCCCAGAUCUGUCAUAUCUACUCAUGAAUACACCAGUUUACAACCUGAAAGCAGCAGUUCUACUGCAGUUCCUACUGAACCUUCAACCUCAAGUUCAACUCAUUUAGAGAAUUUAACCACUGCAACAUCAGAAUCCAAAAGUGUAACUUCUCAUCUAUUUUCAACUGCUAGCAUAACAGAAACAAAAACACUGUAUUCAACAUCAUUGAGCUCUGAAGUGCCCUCCACAAGCACAGAAUUCUCUACUGCAACUCAUACUACACCUUUAGUGUCAUCUACUACUGAGAUACCUAUAGUAAAUCUAACAACUACAAUGUCUUCGGAAACCUCUGUUCAAUAUACAGAAACACCAACCAGCACAAAUAUACCAAGCACUACACAUCAAACUUCUGAAACCAUUUCCAAUAUUGCAUCUUCUCCAAGAACUAUUAUAUCAACAGAACAGGCCACUGAAAGCAGCAUUAGCAGCACAGUUUCUUCAGAAGCCCCAAGCCCAGUUUCCACUACUGCCACUGUAACAAAUGAAUCCCACAGUGUUACAACUCAUCCUCUUACUAGUCCUGGUACAUUACAACAAAGUACCCAGUAUCUUACAUCAUUAACUAGCUCUGAGACUCCAUCAUUACACACUGAAAUUUCUACUGCAGUCCCUACAUUUUCCUCUGUUUCACCAAUUCGCACUGAGUCCUCAAUGGCAAACACAUAUCCUACUAAAACUACAACUAUAUUUUCAGAACAAAGCACUUUGUACCCCACAUCACUGAGAAUCAGUGAAAAGCCUUCUUUAAAUACAGAAACAUCUGUUGCAUUUAAUACUACAACAUUAACGUCACAGACAAGCACGGGACGGCCUGUAACUUCACAGAAUUCUACUUCUACAGAGUCUCCAACAAGUACACAUUUAUCAAAGCCUUCAGUGCAGACAUCUGUUUCUCCUUCUGCAUCUUCGCUAAUACCAGUUUUAUCUACAACACCAAGAACAAGCAAUGUAGAAACUACAAAUAGUGUCUCCAGGACAACUGCAGUUUCAAGUGUUAGAUCUACGGCACUCGAAACUACUAACAAUAAAACUCUGUUUACUACUAUCAGUCAAUCAACAACUAUUGUUUCAACUGUUUCAACAGGAAGCAGUCAAGGCAAAACAAGUAAUUCAACUACUUCAGCUCAAAGAACAAGCACUGUUCUAAAUAUAUAUUCUUCUUCUACUAACAACUCUUCUCCUCAGUGCGCAAGCAAUGGAAAUCAGAAUUGUACCUAUAAUGCUGUCACACAACAAUGUGACUGUAUUUGUAAUGACAAUUUCCUUGGAACAUCAUGUGCAUAUGGGCAAAAUUUUACUUCUGCUGUUGUAGAUAAUAGCACGGUUCCAAGGAUGAUAAUAAAAGUCGACCUCUAUGUAAACACAUCAUUUAUGAAUGCCUUGCUAAAUAUAACGUCACCAGAAUACAUCAACAUGACAAAUAUUAUGAUUCAAAUUCUCACUCCAGUCUACAGAAAAGCAUCUCCCCAAUACUUUGAUAAAGUAGAAAUCAAUGGCUACAGUCAAGGAAGUAUUAUUGUGAAGAGUGCAGGACUUUACCUUUACCCAAAUGAUCAAACUGGUAUAAAUUUCCUGAACACCAAUCUGAAAACUGUUGUGAAUCAGACUUUCCAGGAAUCACUAUCCAGUCUAACCAAUCAGCUGAAAUCUUACACCUCUUUGUAUAAUAUCACCGCGGGGGCCUCAAAUAUAACAGACAUUCACCAGAUGGCAAAAUACAUUAUCUGCAGUGUCAAUUAUAUGGGUUACCAAGUCAUCUGUAAUAAUCAGACCUGUUCUUGCAUCGGCCCUUGUUAUAAUAAUACAUCCUACUGUAAUUACCAUGGAGACUGCUUCAAUGCACAGAAUGGACCAAUCUGCCAGUGCUACACUUUCCAAUAUUAUCAGUAUGAAGGAAACCACUGUGACCUAUAUACACGUACGGGAGGUUUUUAUGGAGUGCUCUUUGGCGUCCUUGGCUCCGCCUUUCUUCUUCUCCUUGUGGUACUAAUUGCAAUAAUAAUCUUGCAAAAGAAGAGAAGGCUUGGUGGAUUUAAAGAGCGACGUGACUCUCGAAGAUGGUUUACGCUAGAUGAAGAGUACUCACACUUUCCUCACACCGAUAUGGAUGAGGUGGCAAGAGCCUCAGGCGUAGGAAAUUUAGCAUUCUGGUCUGGAAAUUAUAAUGUUGAAGGAAGUGAGCUUGGCCAAAGUGAUCUUUCACAAGGAGUCUACAGGCCUAAUCUGGAUAAAAUAGAUACUCUACAGUCGUUCCAUAUACAAAGACCAGAGCUGAUCGUCCCCAGCAAUGAACAAACAUAAUCCCAGGUGUUAUUUUAUAUACUUAUUGCCUCGGUUGUGUUCAUAUUACAAGAACUGCAUACAUUAAUGUAAUGGGCUAAAUUAAGCCAUACCAGGCUGUACUGCUGAUGGAAGAAAAAGUACGACUUAUGGAGGACAUUACCAUUAUUAGACAGCUGUAAAUACUGGAUACUAUGGAAACCAUGGCUGUAUAUAUGGAAGACAAAUGAAUGUAUAAUUACAUGUCCCACCAUGUGAUUACAACUAUGAAUUGUCCUAGAAUGCUAUCCCAGAAUAACAUCUACUUCACACUACACAUCUAUAUACACCUUUAUGCAACAAAUAAACCCAAACCCCCCACCCUACUCUCAUCUCCCCACACAAUCUCUUUGAUUCCCCCUAUUUAUUCUGAAUAAAGAAUGAUAAGGAUAUGUAAGCAAGAAUUAUUUUUGCACAUUAACACGCUUAAUUGUGUAUGUUUAUAUAUUAAGAUUAAUAUAUUUUUUCAUAUUUUUAUUUUGUUUACCAGUGCAGUUUGUAAAAGGAUAUAUGAACAAAGCCUUUAUGAGAUCUAUGUUUGCUGCCACAAUAGAUCGUAAAGGGAAGAUAAUGCACUUAUUUUGCACAUAAAAUAUAUGAAAUACGUGAACAUAAUAAUGAAUGUAUUUUUGUAAAGAGGUACUUGAACAUUGAAUGUAUUUACAGAUUAAUAUAUUAUUUAUCUAUUGUUAUUAUCUUAAAGUAUAUUUCAUGAAAUGUUUCAUGGUAAGUGAAUAUGUUACCAGAUGAUACCAUGAAAAGCCAAUAAACAUAUGCCAGCCUCUAAA